GUGACUUAUCCAUGGUGAUGGAAAGUUUGAGAAAAAGUUUCCAAAGUUUAGUUUUCAAAAUUUCGAGUUCGAAGCAAAAAGUUGCUAAUUAACUACUGACAACAAUUAACUAUCAAAUUUGUAUUGAUCGUUAAUCAAUAUUGAUUAUUGAUUAUCACAAUUUAACUGUUCAUCCCUCAUGUCAACAGAUGAAAACUCAAAUUAAUGGAUUAAUUGUUACUUUCGGUGAUUAUGUGAGUGUUAAUCAUUAAUGAUUAAGUGAUUAUGGUUAAUAAUUGUGUGACAAUUUAUCCAAUCAUUAAUUUGCUUUUGUUUGUGGUUAAUCAUUAUCAUCAUCAUAAUAAACAACAACAUCAAUUAGUGUAUCUGUUUAUCAUUUAACUUGAUGAUAAUAAUUAUCUGUCAAUCAACUUGAUUAUACACUUUCAAUGUUAAUUUGAUUUCUCAUCUAAUUGUGUUAAUCAAUAUAAUAUAUAAAAAAAACCUCAAUUAGUCAAAUUAAUUUAUAUUUACAUGUAAAAGUUGUUUUUUUAGUUAAUCAACUUCCAACAAUUAAAGUUGCUAAAAAUAAACUUUCACAAAUAAACAAUCAAUUAAUCAAACCGUCAAAACCAACUAAUUAACUAAUUGUUGAUAAACGUUUAAAUAAUCAACUAUCCAAGCCAAGUAAAUAAACUGAAUUAAAAGUUAAUCAUGAAAAUUUCACUUUCCAUUCAUAUUUUUUACUUAACAUCAAUUUUAUCAUCAAUCUCAUCAUCUUUAUCAUCAUCUUCAUCUCCAUCCUCAUCCUCAUCAUCAUCUUACAAAGAAGAUCCACCAAUAUUUCUUGAAGUUUUCACCGAGAAAGAUGUGAAACCCGGUGAAAGUGUCUCCCUGAAAUGUAUGUCCACUGGAAAUCCACUUCCUCAGAUCACCUGGAAACUGGACGGUUUCCCGUUGGACAGUAUGAAAAACGUCAGAAUCGGCGAUUAUGUGACCAACGAUAACUACGUCAUCUCUUUUGUAAACAUCAGUUCCGUUUCCGUUGAAAUUGGUGGCACCUACUCGUGUACCGCUUCAUCUGAACUUUCAACCAUACAAAAUGUUGCUCCACUUCGAGUUCAAGGUCCACCUUUUGUCCGUUCAAUGGCCAAUUUAACUUUGGUCUCUCAUCGGUCACUUAUCGUUAAAUGUCCAGUGGGUGGUUUUCCAAUAGUAAAUAUUUUCUGGGAAAAAAAUGGUAAACGUUUACCCAACAAUCAUCGUCAAAUUCUGGAUAAAAAUGGAACCCUAAUUGUAUCAGAUAUCACCAAAGAAUCAGAUGAAGGAUAUUAUUCAUGUUCAGCAGUAAAUGAUGAAGGCGUUUCUUCAACCAAUGGAUUCCACCUGAAUAUCCAAGUUGCACCGAAAGUUGAUCAAUUUGUGUUACCAGUUGACAUUCAAAUGGGUCAACGUUUAUCAAUCAGCUGUACAGUAAUUAAAGGUGAUCCACCUUUUCACAUUGAAUGGUUAAAAGAUGGUGAAACAAUAAAGGAAACAGAUUCAUCAUCAGCUUCCGUUUCAAUUCAUCAUCUUGCCGAUUAUUCAUCGACCAUUUUAUUUAAAGCGGUCAAGAGUGACCAUCGUGGUAACUAUACUUGUCUGGCUACAAACGCUGUUGGUCAAGAUUCACAUUCACAAAUGAUGGUCAUUUAUGCUCCACCUCAAUGGAUUUACGAACCUGGUGAUAUAAGUUCAACUAAAGGUGAACAAGUUUGGAGUAAUUGUCAAGCUUCCGGGUUCCCGACGCCCUCGAUUAUUUGGAAAAAGGCUCAAAAUGGGACAACAAGCUACAAGACGAUUGUCAGCUCAUUUCGAGUUCAGAUCCUCGAUUCUGGGGCACUUUUCAUUGACGAUAUUCAGAAAAGCGAUUCGGGUUUGUACCUUUGUCAGGCAUCGAAUGGAGUUGGAAGUGAACUAUCAAAAGUUAUCCGGAUUUCUGUUCAUGAAGGAGCUUAUUUUACAUCUAAAUUUCGUUCGGAGACUUUUACUAAAUCACAAGAAUCCAAAUUAUCAUGUGAAGCCUAUGGAGAGAAGCCGAUAACAAUUCAAUGGCGUAAAGAUGAUAAGCCGAUUAUUUUUGACCCUAAAAGGGUUAUUCUUAAAGAUCGGAUAACAGCUGAAGGCUACAGCUCAGAACUGACCAUCAUGGACAUUGACCGCCGUGAUUCAGCCUUGUACAGUUGCCAUGCCUCCAAUGGUUAUGGUAAAGAUGAGACGAGGAUUCAGUUGGUUGUCAGAGAAUCACCUGACCCACCUAAUGACAUAAAAACCACUGAGGUCAAAAGCCGAAGCGUAAAAAUAACCUGGUCACCCCCGUUUUCGGGUAACUCACCAAUUCAAAGAUAUCAUAUUUACCUUCGGGAGCAUUUGAAUGAAGUGGCCUUCCUUGGACUACAAAAUCGAAACCUGACCAUUCCCAAUAGCGAAACAAGUUGGACCAUCAAUGACCUUGUGCCUUUAACCAAUUACACCAUUUGCCUUACAGCGAUUAACGAGAUUGGACAAAGUGAACCAAGUCAUUUGGUCCGAUUUCAAACGGACGAAGAAGUGCCCAAUAAACCACCAGAGCAUUUGAAAGGAUAUGCAAUAUCAUCAAGAGAGAUUCGAGUUGCUUGGAAUAGUCCAGAGGCACGUUACAGUUUUGGUAAAAUCAAAGGCUAUUAUAUUGGAUAUCGUCCAGUUGAUUCGGGCGAUGCUUCAAUUUAUAAAACGAUCACGAUUUCCGAUGAUUUCAGGCCAGAAAUAACAUUAUCCAAUCUCGCUCGUAAGACCAAAUAUGAGAUCGUAGUUCAAGCCUUCAAUUCAAAAGGACCUGGAAUCUUAUCCGAUCCCAUCACCGUUGAAACUUAUCAUGAAGAUCCACCGAAACCACCAAAAAUUCAAUCAACCACCGUAACCUUUUCAUCAAUCACCUUGGAAUGGAUUGUUGAAUCUGAAGAAAACCAGAUCACAGGGUUCAUCAUACGAGGGUCUUCAUCCAAAAACGAUGUAUUCGAAAAGCGAGUCACCUCAGGUCAUUAUAAUCAUACUCUUCAUGGUUUAUUCUGUGGUACCUAUUAUGAGAUAACAAUAAGAGCAUUUAAUUCAAUCGGUGUCGGCGAUUCAACGGAACCAGUUAAGGUGAAAACAAGUGGAUCAGUUCCAAUUGCUCCGGUCAAGGAAAACUUCAUCUCGUUUACUAAUGCAACUUCAAUUGAAGUUGAUUUAACUUCGUGGAAAUCGAGUGGAUGUACAAUUAAACAUUUCUCGAUAAAAUAUAAAACCCAGAAGGAGAAAAUGUGGACAAUUGUUUCCAAUAUGAUUCUAAUGGGCAAGAAGACGAUCUGGAUCGAUGGGCUUCACCCGCAAACUUGGUAUCAUCUUAAAUCGACCGCAUUUUCCGAUGCCGGAUCAACGGAUGCCGUUUAUGGCCUAAUGACCAAUCCAUUCCUGGAAAAAGAGAGACCGCUACUACCUCUAACAUACAAUCAAUCAUAUUAUCAAGUAUUUUUUGAACUCGAAAUCCUUUUACCGUUAAUCUUAUCAUUAAUGGUCGUUGUUGCGGUAAUUGUGUUAAUCUGUAUCAUGAUGAACAAACGGAUUCCAGAUCAAUCUUUAUAUUCAAGAUCACCUGAAAUUAACGGUAAAUUGGGCUCCAGUCCAAUGGUCAAUAUAACACCAAAUAAAUUGGUUCUUAAUGAUGAGAUGAAUUUAAAUGAUUUUGAAAAAACUCGAGCCAAACAAUUAAUUCCUGGUCAAGAUAAUCAAUCGUUAAUUGUUUACCCAUCACCUUAUGCAUCCGUCCAAAUAAAUGGAAAUGGUAGUGGUAUAAUUAGUGAUCCAAUGGUACAACAAUUAAUUAAUCACCAUCAGCAUCAUCACCAUCAUCAAUCAACCUCAACUCUUAAAGUUAAUAAUCAUCUUAAUAGUAAUCAGUUAAUCAUUAAUGAGGAAACUCCUUAUGCAACAGUUAAAAGGACACCAAGACAUUGUAAAUCUGAUCGUAAUCUUUAUGAUUAUCCAGUUCCUCUUAAUAAAUCAAAUGUUCAUCCAAUGUACUCAAAUGAUUAACUAAUUGUUGUUAAGGUAGAAAGGUGAUAAUCAAUGUGCCAAUGAUAAUCUAUCAUGUUAAUUGUAAUUAGUUAACGAGACAAUCAAAACAACAAAUUAUAUAUGAAUAAAAAUCACAAUGAGCUUCCGACAAUUAAUCUAAUUGUCUUGUGUAUUCUAAUUGGAACCUAAAUUGUGUAAAUAUAAUUGCAUCAGAUUCAAGUGGAAUUAAAAAAAUUUAAAUUUCUGUCUAAUUAAAUUAAUUAUCUUUUACUUGAUUGGAUUUCAUAUUAAUAGGAUAAUUUUAAAUCUUGAUAAAAUCCUCUCACUCUCCUCUCCU